AUGGGUUAUAACAUGGCUGUCAACUUGCGGACGAAAAUGCCCAAGGACAUGACCCUUGUUGUGAGCGACACGUCCCAGGCUGCGAUAUCGAGAUUCCAAGAACAAAUGAAGGCCGUGGGACCGGUAGUCGUUGCGACCAACGGGUCCGAAGCGAUUCAGAAGGCCAACACGAUCUUCACGGUCCUGCCCAACGAUGCCGCCUGCGACAGUGUCUACCUCGAUCCAUCCACGGGCGUCCUCGCUGGUGUCAAGCAGGCAGACCCGUCCCAGGGAAAGAUUGCCAUGGAGUGCGGCACCAUGAGCCUCGAAAUCAUCAACAAAGUCCGAGACGCCUCGUCGGGAUGCGGACUCACGUUCGUUGACAGCCCUAUUUCUGGAGGCCCAUUAGGAGCCAAAGCAGGCACGCUCACCAUCAUGGUCGGCUGCAACGAGGCCGUCUUCCCCAAGAUCAAGCCUCUGCUCGAGCACAUGGGCACGUGUAUCCGACGGUGUGGCGACGUGGGGACCGGGACGGCCUUCAAGACCAUCAACAACUACAUGUCCAUCAACAACGUGCUGGUCGCGAGCGAGGCGCUCAACAUCGGAGCCAAGCUGAACCUCAACAUGGAGGACCUGAUCGACACAGUCAACUCCAGCAGCGGUAUGAGCUGGAUCACUCUCAAGAACAACCCCGUACCGGGGAUAACCCCCGGCGGCGCCGCGAGUAACGACUACAACGGUGGUUUCCGGAUAGAGCUUGGCCAGAAAGAUCUGACGCUGGGUGUGCAGUUGGCCAAGAUGGUGGGUGCGAAACCUGUGCUGUCGAUUGAGACGCUGAAGACCUUGGACGAGGUUGCGAGUGACCCGAGAUAUGCUGGGAAGGACUUGCGGGUCGUGUACAAGUGGCUGAACGAGCAGUAG